ACUGCCAGCACUGUUCUAUACACAGCUACUGCUUCUCAACUAGUUUCAGAUUCAAGUCUAUAGAAAGAAAGGUCCAGCUGACAACAUGGACACAGAUUCUGGAGAGUUGAGUGAAGGGGAGCUUUCUUCAGUCCCAGAGAUCUUCAACUCUAAAAGCCUGGCUCUUCAAGCUCAGAAAAAGAUUUUGAGCAAGAUGGCAACAAUGGCAGUGGCCAACAUGCUCAUCGAUGACACCAGCAGCGAGAUCCUGGACGAGCUGUACAAAGUUAGUCGAGAGUACACCAAGAACAAGAAGGAGGCAAUCAAAAUCAUGAAAAACGUGAUCAAAAUCGCCUUGAAAAUCGGGAUCCUCUACAGAAACCAUCACUUCAGUCCAGACGAGCUGGAGACGGUGGAGAAGUUCAAGAAGAAAAUGAAUCAGAGCGCCAUGACCGCGGUCAGCUUUUACGAGGUGGAUUACACCUUCGACCGCAACAUUCUUUCGGAACUCCUCAAUGAGUGCAAGGACCUUCUGCAUGAACUCGUGGAGCACCACUUGACUGCAAAAUCCCACAGGCGCAUCGAUCAUGUUUUUGAUCAUUUUGCUGAUGCAGAGUUUCUUUCUGUUCUUUACAGCCCUGGUGAAGAAUACAGACAGUACUUGAAAAAGAUCUGCGAGGGUAUUACCAAACUACUAGACGAGGGAAUUCUUUAACCUGCUCCUUUACAUGCCGGGCUGUCUUUUAUAAACUGUACUUUUGUUUUUGGGAUGGAUGUGUUUUCACAAUAUGACUGGUUAUACUAGUAAAUCAUUUUGAUCUGUACAUCCUAGGGGUAGCAAUUUUGAUAGUUCAUAUGUGUGUAAUUGGAGAGGACCUUAAAUUCUAUUUCACUUGGUGUAACACCCCACAACUUCUCACCAAUGAUCUAAAUUCUUAAUGAUUGCCAGGCAGCAAAUGGAUUCGGAUACUAUGACAUCAUCCAAACACUCAGUUUCAUUGGUUGAAAAUCACCUUUUAAAGAAAUAAAUCAGGUGACUAGAAUCACUUUCCCUUAGUUUUUGACUAUAUCUUAGGAUUUGACUAUAUCUGGUGGCCAAGUACUGUAACUGCAGUAUUGUUUGGAAAUAUGUUUAAAGCUUUCUUGUCCAAAAUUACUCCUAGAUUUUAAAAGGUGAAACAAAAAUCAAUUUGACCAUUUACAUUAAUUUCUCCUUUAAAAAAACUAGAGUAAAUGAAAGAUUAAGAUAAUUACAGCAAAAUGACAGUUCAAGAAAAUGAUUGUGACUAAUGUGACCCAAAGCAAUCAAUGAAAAUAAAAUCUAUCAGAUAUUUUUACCUCUGAAAUCUUGCAUCAACCCAAAUGAAUAUAUAAAAUUAAAAAAUGCUACAUUCAAAACAAUAGAAAUUUGAUUUUAGAAGUAUGUAACUGAAAAUUGUCUGUGUGUUUCUAUUACCAUACCACACUUCUGUUAGAUGACUAAUGCUUCAAGUUAUAAAACACUUAUCUUUAAAGCCAAUAUAAUUGGUCCCAAUAGAUACCUGUGACUGUAAGGAUGUUUUUACAAUGGUGUCAAGUUGAGGUGUAAUAACUAGCUUUCACUAGAGAAUAAUUAUAAACACAUACCUGUGCUGUGUUCUUUCUUCCUUCUUGGAUCAUACAAAACAAUGCCAUUAUCUGUGGUAAUAACAAGUGCUCUACAGCUCUCCAGUGCAUUGUGUUAGUAAGCUUUUUGUAUACAACAGUUAAAAUUGUAGCUGUCCAAUUCGAUCUUCAGAACAUUCAGGUUGUGUUCGAUGACAUUUAGUAAAGGCUUAAAAGAAUUAACCCCACUGUCUAAAUGAGCACCACCAACAUCCACAGUCGAUUACACAUUCUUCUAAAUGAAACCUAAGCCAGACCAGAAAAUUAAAUAGAAAUCAACUCCAACAUAGCUAUACACCUUAGUUAUGAAUUAACAACAAAAAUGUACUUACAGCGCUGGGUUUUGUGGGCAGCUGAUACCUUAAGCAACGCGCUUCAAGUAGCAUCACAACCCUGAAGCAACAGGCUUCAAGUAACAUCACAACCCAAAACACUGCUUGUACACUGAAAAUUGUUUUUGUAAAUUAUUAUUAUUAUUAUUAUUAUUAUUAUAUUAUUAUUAUUAUUAUUAUUAU